AUUUCCCCCUUCUCGAUUUCCCUUUCCUCUCGUACUGUUUCUUCAGUCGGCUUUUUGUCGUACUUGGCAAGUUCGGACAGCUAUUGUUCAUGAUCAUACUUGUCGAAUCAAGAGCGAGAGAAGAAACGUAACAAAGGAAGGAGGCCCCAAGAAGGCAGCAGGAUGGUCUUUUCUCUCUCUCUCCGACAGACCUCUAACGGCUCAAUCGAAGCCGGGCCCUCCUCCUCUACCCUUUCGGCCUUCCGCGAAUACAUCACAACAUGGGAUUUCUCCGACCGUCCAGCCCUAAUCCGACGUCUCGCCUGCACCCUAGCCUUCGUGCUGCACAUCCCGUUAAACAUCCUCAGUAUCCUGAGCUGGGGCUUUCUCUUCAUGUCCAUGGGGAUCGCGUUGAGUCUGGCUAAUUUGGCGUGUGUGGGGGCGGCGCUGUGGAAGCUUGAUAUUAUGAGCGGGGAGAGGCAGUUCUAUGGCAGGUCGCUUAAGAGGAGCCAUUUCGAUUAUGUGAUUUUGGCACUUGUUGGCAUAUAUGGGGGAGCGUUUACUAUGCUGCUUAUGGCAAAGCUGCACUCGGGAAUUUGGAUGGGUUUUCUCAGGGCAGUCUGGCCUUGCUUGAUUGCUACGGAUAUCUUCUGCUUUAUUGCUGGGUGGGUGGCUACGUGGAGGGGUAUCAGUCUUGGCUGAGCUUAAGAGCAGGGGAGUAGUGGGACGUAUCAUGGUCUUGAGAUGAAGUCAAGGACUGCUGCAUUGUUAUGGCGUUGCGUUAUGGCACAUGCCAAUAACACAAAGUUCUUUGUUUGAGACUUACAGGAAUAGCACCGAUUAAGUUAGACUCUCAAUUAAUCGGAAUGAAAAUAUUUAUAAUUCAGUGCUGUCUAGUAUCAUAAGAAGAACCGAUGGCGUUGAAUCCAUGUAUAAAGUGAAGGGAGGUGUUGUGUAUUAGGUUAGUGUGGGGUUUUGCCCGAAGAUUCCAGCGACUGAAUGCAUCGUUGUACU